UGAACACCACAGAAAUUAUCGCCAAUCUAAAUCCCCAAACACCGAGUAACCAUCAUCAUGUCUUCAGACGCAGCGGCUCACAAGCCUAUUCACAGCCUUGUCCUUGAUACAGGCCCUCUCAUCAAGAAUGACCCCCCCGCGAACACCCUCCGCGCGAAAGCCGAACAACUCUACACCCUCCCCUGCAUUAUUUCCGAAAUUCGCGAUGCCGCCACACGAGCACGAGUAGAGACGACUCUUCUACCCUUCAUCACCCUGCGAUCGCCCAAGCCCGAAAGCGUAAAGGUCAUUCGAGACUUUGCGAGAAGAACAGGAGAUUUGGCGGUUCUGAGCAAGCCUGAUAUUGACGUCUUGGCGCUAGGGUAUGAGUUGGAAUGUGAGCGAAAUGGGGGUGAUUGGAGAUUGAGAAAGACGCCUGGUCAGAAGGGUUUGAAUGGGAAGCCAAACAAGCCUGCUGAGGGUGACAAGGCUGAGACUGAGACUGAGACGGAGAAGGUCGAGGAGACUCUGGAGAAGGCUGUUGACAAUCUGACCAUCGAGAACCCUGUUGAGCAGGCUACGGUCGGAGAGUCUAGUCAGUCUACAGAGGCAAAGGACAUUGUCGCAGAGACCGUCGCUGAGCCAGAGGCCAAGGAUGAGUCCACAGAGGUCACCGCAACAAACGCGAUUGAAGAGACCGCCGCUGCGACCGCGACUGCACAGGCUGGCGAAAAGGCAGACGAAACAAUCGAAGCCGUUGAAGAAGCAUCCGACGGCGACGCCUCCGACGAUGAAGGCGGCUGGAUCACACCCUCAAACCUCAAGAAGCACCAAGCAGCAGACACCGGAGCGACACCCUCAGCGCCCGUGCAAAAGACCCUCCAAGCCGCAGUCCUCACAUCCGACUACGCCAUGCAGAACGUCGCUCUCCGAAUGAACCUCAACCUCGUCGCACCAUCCCUCGCACGAAUCACACAUCUCAAGAACUGGGUUCUACGCUGCCACGGCUGCUUCAAGAUCACAAAGGAAAUGAACAAACAGUUCUGCCCCUCGUGCGGUCAACCUACUCUCAACAGAGUAAGCUGCUCGACCGAUGAGCACGGCAACUUCAAGAUCCAUCUCAAGAAGAACUUUCAGUGGAAUAAUCGCGGCAAUGUCUACAGUGUUCCCAAGCCUGUUCACGGAUCUGCAAACGGUCGUCUUCCCAAGAACGCGGGUGGAAAGAAUGGAUGGGGAAACAAUCUCAUUCUGGCGGAGGAUCAGAAGGAGUUUACGCGGGCGGGAGAGGAGCAGAGACGUCAGAGGAAGAAGGACAUCAUGGACCAGGAUUAUUUGCCCGAUUUAUUAACGGGGCAUCGAGCAGGAGGCGGUCAAAAGAUUCGCGUGGGAGCAGGACGAAAUGUAAACUCGAAGAAGAAGCACUAGUAGUUGUAUUGAGACUUUUAGUCUAACGCCCAAACUGAACCGUAACGCCCGUCAUGUGUGAUUUAUUCGUCCU